UUUCGUUCUUACCUCUUUUUUGUUCCAACUGUUUUAUUAUAUUACAUUAAAUGCGGUUAUAUUAUUAAACUUCCUCUACAACAUUGUAUUCAAGUGUAAAUCUUUUCUUAAUUUUUUAUUUAUCUGUAAUUUAGGCUGAUGUAUUUUUUGCCUUUUUAUUACGAAUUAAAAGGAUAUUAUUGUAUUUUACGUGUAAUUUUUAGUUUUAAAAUAGUUUUUGUAUCCUUUUUAUUUUGUAAAAAUGCUAUAUCCUGUGAUUUUCAUACAACUCCACUCAAUUAACCAAUUGUAACUCUAGUUUAUGAAAAAUAAAAUACAAAGCUAAUUUGACUAAAAUUAAGUUAAAAUAACAAAAUAGUAAAUUAAAAUAAAGCCUGUAUUCUAAUGAUAUCGUGUAUAUUUAUAGCAACGUCUACAGGGAAGGUGUUGGCCCUGAGGUUGUACAGGGGCGAUGUGACCAAGGAGGACGCUCUAAUAUUUUGCAGGAAUGUGUUGUCUAAUAACCGAAAUACAUAUGCUCCGAUGUACAGGUACGAAAAGUUUAAUUUCUUCCGGGUAAACAUCGAAGGGUUCAACCUGGUCGCGUUGACGCGCCGAAAUGGCAACUCCUUCCUAAUAUUCCAUACCCUCACGGAGUUAAAGAAACUGUUGUUAUCUUUCUUAUCGGGAGUUGUGACUGAGGAGAACAUUGUGGAAAAUUCAUUUUUGUUAUACGAACUGUUCGAUGAGGUGAUUGACGGUGGCUAUACCCAGAAUUUAGAGCCUCUGGUGCUAACUGACGUCAUGGCCACAAAGGCAACAGUCAAGGGAUCUUUGGCCGAUCCCAGCAAGUACGGCAACUACUUUCUUGGAUUUCUCCCAAAGUUUGGAGUUUCGCCGGAAACUUUCUUGUUUGAGCACCUUUUACCGUUUGAGGGAAGACUGAAUGACUCUGAAGAGUGUUUAGAAUACUGUCAGGAAGUGGUCUCGAUGAUGGCCACCUCAGUGAUUCCACCCUGGCGAAAACUAAACGGGGUUUCAAACAGGAACUCAAUCAGCGUAGAACUGACUGAGAACCUGAACGUAUUAUAUAAUCAUAAUUCUGAGUUAGUAAGUUAUGAAGUUACGGGCAGUAUAGUGGUAAAUUCAAUGUUAAUUGGAACUCCAUUGGUACAUUUAAGGAUGAAUGAUGAUUUUUCACACAAUCUUACUAAUAACUUAAAUUCAAGCUCAUCAUAUCAAACAAAUAAAAGUAGUAGCCAGUUCCAUUUACCAGUGGCAGCCAAGCAAACGGUUCGUCUGGAUGAUUACAAGUUCCACCAGUGUGUGAAUUUAGAGAGCAUUAAAAGUAAUAAAACUAUUACUUUUAUACCACCAGAGGGUAUGUUCGUACUUCUGUGUUAUAGGAGUACCAGUAGCGCAACUAUUCCAUUUAUACUCCGACCUAAGGUUAAGCUCAUUGAUACUCUUCAUAUCAAUUACUCAAUAUCACUAUCACCAACGUUUUCGAAGGCUAUUAUUGCACAGAAGGUGUGCGUCAAGAUUCCAAUUCCAAAGACAACUAAGGAGAUAGUUUCAGGAACAAUCAGUACAGGAACAACAAUGGAUGUUAACCUGUCACAUCACUUUGUAACUUGGAAUUUUAGAAAGUUGCAGGGUGAAACGACUUUUCUACUGACUUUUACCGCCGCUCUAACAACUGAUAGGUUCGGGAACUCUCUUCAAUCGCUACCCUCAAUAUCGCUAGGCUUUCAUAUUCCCUGGUUCAGUGCCUCAGGGCUAUACCUGUCGUCUCUAGACCUCUCGAACACCAAGAGCAAGGUGUCAAAAAACAUCAAUUAUGUAACCAAAGGUGGAUUAUACCUACAUCGCUUGAAACUACUAUAAUUUUUUCAAUUAUAGAAUAUUAUGUAAUCAGUUUUAUGAUGUGUAAGGUAUACAUUCAAGAUACAUUGUGGAAUAACAUUUAUUAGCUGAAUGGUGUAAGAAAUAGUAAAAAAACGGCGAUUUAAAGGGGAAAUAAAUAUUUUAAAGAUAUUUUCUUUUAUUAUUUUGGAAUCCAUUUCCCCACACCUCUCUUUAAUUUAAAAUUCUAUAUUAUUGUGAUUUAUCCACAAUAAAAG